CCCUACAGCUACAACAUCCCAAACGCCUAGCGGUCAAUCAGCCGCCGCCGCCGCCGCGACGCGAUGCUCCAUCUCCGGAAGCUCUUCCUCUCCGCAUCUCAUGUCCGCACACCCUCCCUCUCGCCCCUUUCCCCGCUCCACCGCCUCCUCGCCGCCACCGCACCCGCAUCCCCAGAGCCGUUCGCCGUCGAGGACUACCUCGUCACCACCUGCGGCCUCUCCCGGCCCAAGGCGCGCAAGGCGUCCAAGAAGCUCGCCCACCUCAAGUCCCCCUCCAAGAUCGACGCCGUCCUCGCCUUCCUCGCCGCGCUCGGCAUCUCCCCCUCAGGCACCGCCGCCAUCGUCGCCGCCGACCCGCAGUUCCUCUGCGCCGAUGUGGAGCUGAACCUGGCCAAGCGCGUCGCCGAGCUCACGGUCCUCGGCCUCAAGCGCUCCCAGAUCGCGCGUCUCAUCCCGCUCGCCCGCGCCACCUUCCGCAGCUCCUCCCUCGGCCCCAACCUCGCCUUCUGGCUCCCGGUCUUCGGCUCCUUCGAGAAGCUCCUCGGGGCCAUCAAGGUGAACGGCGGCAUCCUCGGAGCGGACCUCGAGAAGGUCGCCAAGCCCAACCUGGCCAUCCUCCAGCAAUGCGGGAUAAGUGUCCAAGAAUUUUCAGAUACAUACCUUACCCGGGUGCUCACUCGGCUCCCCGAGUACGUCCAGAGUGCCGUGCUAUACAUCGAUAAGCUUGGCGUGCCCCGGGAUUCCCCAAUGUUUCGCUAUGCGAUCAUGGCGUUCGCGUUUCAGAGCCAGGAGAAAAUUGACAGGAAAAUGGGGAUCCUUGAAAUGCUUGGUUGGUCACAGGAUGAUGUGUUGACUGCUGUGAGGAAGAUGCCGUGUAUCCUCACUAUGUCCGAGGAAAGGAUGCAGACAGCUGUGAAUUUCUUGACAAGGGAUGUUGGGCUGGAGAUACCCUAUAUAGCUCAAAGGCCAGUUCUGGUCAUGUAUAGCUAUGAGCGCCGGUUGCUGCCACGGCAUUCCUUGCUAAAUAUUCUCAACUCGAAGGAUUUGCUUUAUCCUGAGCUUGACUUCUAUUCUAUUGUUGCACUAACUGAGAAGAAGUUUCUGGACAAGUAUGUGCAUCCUUAUGAGAAGAGUAUUCCAGGCCUUGCUGCAACUUAUGCAUCUUACUGUGCUGAGAAGGUGCCGAAUGAAGUUUCUACCUGAAAAGACAAGAUGGAAAAAGAGACUCUGUGCAUGCUUGGUCUGGGAGCAUGUUGCUGGAUUGUCGUGUUGGAAUAACAUUUUAAGGUUUGUCACCCCCUUGACCCAUGUUUCGAAUGUUCAUCAGUUUGCUAUGGGUGAUACUGUGUAACACCGCCUAGUUAACGAAUAGCAGAGCAACAAAUGUGAUCAGCAUCUAGAUAGACAUGGAUUGUGGAGUGCCAUUUCCAGUGAACAUGGUUGAUUUAUAUGCAGUUAAUUUGGCCUUAGGUUUACACAGCUAAUGGAUAAAUUUUGAGAUAGACUCGACUUCAAUGCUUCUGGACCUGAUGUCAUAUUAGAUGUGGAACUGGUCUGCGGUGAUGUGUUUAUUUAACCAUAUUCUUAUUGUUGUC